AUGAUCCAAAUUUCAUCCCCAAGGAAUGAAUAAGUUUCAUUGUACAUAUUUUAUAUUAAAAAGAAAAUCAAUUUCAGAAUAAUCUAAAAAAUACAGAUUAAAUUACCCAUUUUAACCAAAUGACAAUAACUCUUGCUUUGAUGUUAAUUAUUUAUCUUUUGAUUAAAUUGAAUAGGAAUCCAAUAAACAACCUUGUACUACUUUAAAGAAAUAAACACUAGAAAAUAAAUCAUUCAGUUGUAAUCCCAUCAAUAAUUUUAAAAACAGUUUUAUUUCUGAUACCGUAAAGAAAGACUUAGAAUUAGACUAAAUUUAGAUAUUCAAUAACUAUUUUUUUGAAGAAAAUAGAAGUAUUUCUCAUUUAGUUUAGAAAUUGCUUAAUAAAAAUUUAUCUGAUAUGUAAAUUCCAAAAUAUCAGAAUAAAAAAAAACUAAUUCAAUUAAACGAAAAUUAACUCUCUAAAUUAACAUUUGUAUUAAUCCUAUUUUUAAUUGGUAUUUUGAGCCCGACUUAUAUGGUUCUUAAAGACUCUCCCUUUAAAAUCUAUGGAACCUUGUGUUAAAUAACUCUCUUGAUUUCUUCUAUUAUUUUAAAUGUAUUUCUUAAAAGGUAUUAAAAAUCAUCUAAAAAAACCAAAAAAGAUAUUUUGUUAUAAUUGUGGUAAGAUCUCAGUUAUGAGCUUAUUAUUUUACUUUUAUUAAUAUUGUCAUUUGUAAUUUAGAUUUUACAAUUAUAAAAGUUCUAAGUGAUAAACAUCAUUUAAACGAUUGCAUGUAUUUUAAGUUUAAUAAAAAAUUUAACAAUCUAAAAUCAUGCUACGCAAGUUGGAUUAAAAAUUUUAUUCGGAAAUUUUAUUUUUUUACAUCUGUUAAAGUGUUACUAAUUAAGUAUAAUCAAUUUAUAAUAGUUGGAUUUUUUGACCUUUUGUAGGAAAUAUAUAUUUAUAAUGAUUUAAUGUAAUAUAUUAAAAGAUAAUGAAGAUAAUAUAAAUCUAGCUCUAUUAGAGAUGGCUUUGAUAAUCUUUUAUAAUACUUUCUUAUUUUAAGUGUUUAUUUAUCUCUUAAAUUUAUGGAGAAACCAUUUAAGCUUUGAUUAUCUUUUUGUUAAUAAACAAAUAACAUUUGAGGGAUUAUUAAGAAAUUUAUCUGUUGAUUUCGAAAAGUCAUCUUAGAUUUUAAAAGAAACUAGGAAUCACGAAAUAGAAGAUUUUAAAUAUUUAUCAUUAUAUGACCAAAUAAUUUAAAAUUAACAUUUUCACCAAGAAUUGGGAAGACUAUUAUUUUAAUAAUCAAAAUUAUUUGAAUAAUUUUCUUAGAGAACUUAAGAUUAAUUAAUUAAAUCUAUGGAAUUACAUUUAAUUCAUCCACAAUAGAUAAUUUCUUGUGAUUAAUUAUAUGAAGAAUUAACAAUAAAUUUUAUAAUACAUGGAACAAUAAAUCUAGGAAUUUAAAAUAAUUAAGUUAAUAAUUUUGAAAAAAUUGAAGAAUUAAUAUAAGGCUAACAUUUUGGAUAAUUAACUUUCUUUACAGGUUUAAAAGACUGUUUUUCCUAUUAAAGCGAUCAUUAUUCACUGUUAUUUAAAUUAAAAAGAUAAACCCUAUUUUAUUUUAUUGAAAAAAAUUCUGUUGAUAAAGAAUAAUUAUCAAUAAUUAAUUAAACUAUUAACAAAUCUAAUUAUUCAAUAUUGAAAUUAAAAUGUUAAUGUUGUAAUUCAAGUUUUCAUAUUCUUAGUAAUUGCCCAUAGAUGCAUUUGUAGUUGAAUAAAGAUGAUAUAAUAUCUUAAUACUUAUCUCCUCAAAACUAAGAAAGGAAAAAAUGUAAAAAUAUCAUUUAAUAAAGAUUUAAGAUUAUAAAAUAAAAAAAACAACAUUUUAAAAUUAAAAGUGUUCAAAAGUAUUUUAUCAAAAUCUGAUGUUUCCAAAAUUUUUUAAAAAAAGUAGAAUAACAAUAAUAUUUUUGAAAGAAAGAGUUCAGCUUUUAAUUUUGAAAAUAAUAGUAAUAUUGUUUAAUUUUAUCCAUAUUAGGUGAAAUUCUUAAAGAAUUUAAAAGUGAAAAAAUUUUAGAUUAGUAAAUUUUAUCACAUUAUAUGAAUUCUAACAAUAGUGAAGAUUUCGUUUAAGAAUUAUAUAAUGAUACAUUAAAGAAAAGCAAAUAAUGUGAAUCAGGUCAUGAUAAAACUGAAAAUAUGGAUUUAAAUAAAGGUUUAUUAAAUUUAGAUUGUUAAGAACAUUUGAUUAAUCACAUAAAAACCGAAAGCAAACCUUUUUUAGAUGAAUGUGAAUCAAGCAAUAUGGUAAAUAAUUUAAAUAGUUAUAAAUCCAGAUAGAUGUCAGGUACAUAUGUGAAUUCUCUAAAACAUUAAUAAUUUAUUUCAUUAACUGGAUAAGUAUGAUAUUUUUCAGUAUGUACUAGAUGAUUUCAAUUUUAAAUAAUGAACUUUAUAAUUAGUUCACAAAUCUAAAUAUUGACAAAUGGUAGAAUUAUGAGCAUUUUGAAGUACAAUACAAUUUUAGGAACAUAUUAAAUAAUUUGAGAUAAAAUCAAAGGGAUAGAAAAUCAUUAAAAAAUACCUAAGAUUGUAAUAUGAGUAUUAAAAUAAGCUAGUUGAAAGAAUAAGGUGAUUGA